AUGCUACUGCGCCUCGACGCCCGCGUCGCCCACCGGCACGAUGACCGUGUAACUCCCGCCGCCGUCCUUCCGCUGCACGCCCGUCGUCAGCAGCAGCGGCGUCAUCCGCCCAUCCCUCGAGAACAGCAGCUGCGGCCUCUCCCGGCGAAACAAGCGCACCUCCCCACCAUCCUCGUACCUCACCGUCGUGUCGAACGCGAGCGAGCGCAUCCCCAGCAUCCACGGGCCCGCGUAGUCCCGCGCGUACGCGUGCCGCCCGACCAGCGGCCCGUCGCCGAACCCGCCGCCCGGCUCCAGCGAGUGCGUCAGCAUGUGCCAGUGGCCGCGCGCGUCGCGAAACACAAACGGGUCCUCGGCGGCCUGCGGGAACACCGGGCCGGGUUGGAUUUUGGCGUACGGGCCAAGGUGGCCGCGCGAGGAAACGGCGAUGUUGAUCAUCUCGGCGCCGAGGCAGUCCUGCGGACACCCGCGGUACGCCAGCAGCACCGCGGCGGUCGCGUUGCCAUCCGAGCGCAGCGGGAACGCCGAGGGAUUCGUCACGUCCGCGUCCCAGUCCGCGCUGCUGUCCUUGCCCCUGAAUACCUGCCCGGCAUCCGUCCACGCCCGCAGAUCCCUGCUUACCUUUACCGAUAUGCCGCUCUCGCCGUUGUUCGCGUUCCCCGGGCCGCACGCGAACCUCUUCGAUGCGCACUCACCCGCCACGUCCGUCGGGCAGCCGAUGUGGUACAUCAAAUACGACUCGUCCGCCGGGCUGUACACCACCGUCGGGUUGUGCGCAAAUGUGCCCGCCACCUCCUCCGCGAAGACGUACGGCCCGGCGGCGCCCGCGCGCGACUCGGCGCGCACGAUGCGCGAGUACGGCGCCCAGUAGUCCAGCCCGCAGCCGUGCGCGAACUCGGAGACGAAGAGGUGGUGCAGCCCGGCGUCUACGGGGUCCGGCACGAUGCUGGCGCCCCACGAGGAGACGCCCGCGCGGUCGUAGCCGGAGCGCCGCGAGCGGAUAGGGCGCAGGUCGAGCACGCCGCAGUCGGCGCCGGUCCAGCCGGGGUCGCACGCGCACGUGCCGGCGCGGCAGAGGCCGUUGAGGCUGCAGUCCUCGUCGGUGGCGCAGCGGUAGGGCAGCUCGCUAGUCGCAGACGCGAUGGCGAGGAGAUGUGGGAGUGCCCGGCGGGCCGUCUCGAGCAGGCCCUUCAUCGUGUACGACUGGUGUGCCGCUUCGUAGUCUUGUACGAGCUUGGCGACGGCGUGGGCGAUGCUGGUGAGCAUGGUGGAAGAGUACGCCCGUUUCGUUGA